AGAAACUCCUUCCAUGAUUCCUCUGCCGACUUAGGGAGUGAAGAUGAACUGUGGAUUCCACCCCACAUGGCACCUGCAUUCUUCAGUAAUAAAAGUCCCUCAAUUCCCAAGAGGUUCUUGGACAGGUUUCAGGUCAUAUAUAUAAUCCCCCAUUGUUCUUUACCUCCUCCCUGAGUUUGAGCUUCUGAGAAAUUAACAUCUUUGAGAAUGAGAUACGUGGAAGAUAAGGGAUGCUACAACCAUGGACCAACACAAGAUACCCCAAAUAGCAGAUCCAUGUAUUCAGAGUUUCACAAAGGGAAGGAUGCUACUCGUGUUUCCCAUCAUCAUCGAACAACUAUGGGAAAACCAACACCAUCUAAGUGGGAUGAUGCACAAAAAUGGCUUGUUGGGUUGUCAAAAGGGGGAGAGAAAAGCCAGUCCAAAAGCAAGCCAAGAAACUCAAAUGCAGACGAUUUGAGAUUGAUAGCUCCUGUGCCACAAAAGGAUCAUGAUUAUUCAAGUAGUGAAAAGGAAGAGGAAGAACAUGAUGGAUGUCAUGAUUUCAUUAUUACUACUACAACUAGUAGUACUCAAUAUGAAGCAGAAACAAAGAAGGUAGAAUGUGAUGAGUCGAUUUGGAGAAGCAAUAAUAAGCCUCCAGAAAACACUAUCCCAAUCCAAUCAAUAUGUUUCAGAGACAUGGGGACUGAGAUGACACCCAUUGCUAGUAAAGAGCCUUCAAGAACUGCUACACCUAUUAGAGCCACAACUCCUGCAACUCGAAGUCCAAUUCAUUCAGGUACUUCAACUCCAAUGAGGGGUCAAAAUGGUUUUGAAGCUGCUGAGCCUCACCAUGGAAGUCUUUCCACCAAAGGAAAUUGCACAACUAGGCAGUAUGUAGAAGGAUCAAGCCCUUGCAAGAUGCCUCAGAAGAAGAUUGAAGAACAAGCUACAAAGUUGAGUCCACUAGAAAGCCGAGCAAUGGCUUGGGAGGAAGCAGAACGUGCCAAAUAUAUGGCCAGGUUCAAGCGUGAAGAGGUGAAGAUUCAAGCCUGGGAAAAUCAUCAGAUAAGAAAAGCUGAAAUGGAAAUGAAGAAAAUGGAGGUGAAAGCUGAGAGAAUGAAAGCUUUGGCACAAGAAAGGUUAGCAAAUAAACUGGCUGCAACUAAGAGGAUAGCUGAAGAUAAGAAGGCAAAUGCACAAGUCAAACUGAAUGACAAAGCUUUGAGGACUACCGAAAGGGUAGAGUAUAUAAGAAGGACAGGACAUGUGCCUUCUUUAUUCUCUUUCAACUUUAAGUUGCCUUCCAUUUGCUGGUAGCAAGU